UAUUAUAAGUUAAUUAUACUAGAAAAGAAGGUAAUUUCUCAGAAUAUAUUUGAGCUAGAUUCCAGAGGAUUUAUACCGCAGCUAGCUAGUAUUAAAGAUAUAGCCAAUUUUAUUCUGAAAUUAAGAAAGGCAGGACAUAUUAGUAAACUCUAG